GAAGAGGAAAAAGCAGUAGACACCAAACCAAAGAAGAAAAAGAAGCAGAAGAAUAGCAUUGGACGCAUGAUUUAUAUUCUGUGAUUAUUUUACUAAGCGAUAAAUUAUUGAAUAUUUUUAUAACUUUUGAGAGAGGAGGCUCAGUGAAAGCGGUGGAGUUUAAAGAGCCUGUAUGGUUGUUUCCGGAAGUGGCCAACAUCUAAAGUUAAUCUUGAUUGGAUAUUAUGAAGGUAUUGAAUUGUUCCGGCGAACGGGUGUGUGGUUGUUCAUGUCUGUGAGUGGUUGGUUGGUUUGAUGAAGCCUUUCCCGCAGUUUGAACCCUGCCCGGGCUCGCUGACCUGUCUGUCGUCCCUCCGAACAUGCUCGGCUUCUCUCGGCUCUCAGCCGAAGGGAAAGUGGGCGUGGCUACGGGGGUGGUGUUCCUCUCCAUGCUCAUAUCCCGCACCGUGCUGUCGGAGCGCGUGGAUAUCGGCACUCGCGCGCGCUUGUUCCGGACGCAGUUCCUGCUGUUGAUUAACUCGCUGCUGCUGCUCGGCUCGCUCUACAUCUGGAAGCGCGUGGUGACGCGGCUGUGCGGCGCGAGACUCCCUGCUGUUUCCGCCGCGUCAGCGCGCGCCUGGGCGCCCAGAUGUUGGCGCGCGGCCGUGCUGCUGUUUCUCGCGCUCGCUCACUGCAGCUACCUGAGCAUGUUCUACCUGGUGGGCACAGAACCGCACUGGCUGUCCGUGCUGAGCUUCAGCUGCCUGGGUGUUUAUGUCAUCCUGCUGUUCCUCCUCAUGAUGUUCGGCUGCGUCAGCCGCGUGCUCCAGAUGUUCUCCAAGGGUUCUGUGUUGGUGGCGGUAAGCAACUCGACCAGGCAGACCUUUCUUGCUUUAAUGAUGACCGCGCUGUUGGCUGUGUACGGGCUGUUAAACGCAGCGCAGCCGCCGCAGGUGGUGGAGGUGGAGGUGCCUGUGGAGAAACUUCCAGCUUCUAUGAACGGCCUCAAGCUGGUGCUGCUCUCAGAUAUCCACUUAGGACCAACAGUCGGGCGCUCGCAACUAUUGCGCGUUGUCACCAUGGUCAAUCAUCUAGAACCAGAUGUGGUGGUGAUCGUAGGUGAUUUAACUGACUCUCAGGUGACCCGUUUGAGGACGGCUGCAGAACCGCUGGCUCUCCUCAGACCUCGACUCGGCUCGUACUUUGCGACAGGGAACCAUGAAUACUACACUGCUGAUGUGGACAGCUGGUUCGAGUUCCUGCGCUUGAAGGGGAUAGAACCUCUUCACAACAGCCAUGCUCGAGUCUUCAGGCCCGGAAACGUGCAGGAUUGGAUCUGUAUUGCUGGCAUCGACGACCUGGAAGCGAGCAUGCUGCGGUAUCCUGGUCAUGGGAUGGAUGUUGAGAAAGCUCUGAGGGGUUGUAGUGAAGAACGUCCGAUUGUUCUCCUGGCUCAUCAACCUCAUGCUGCUAAACAAGCGCUUCAGCAAAGACCAGACAUCAACUUAGUGCUGUCAGGACACACUCAUGCUGGUCAGCUCUUCCCUCUCACUCUGCUGGCGUUCCUGGUGAAUCCGUACUUCUGUGGACUUUACCGCAUCUCGGAGCACACCAUGGUCUACGUUACUCCUGGAACGGUUUAUUACGGCAUUCCAAUGCGAAUCGGCAGCCGUGCAGAGAUCACACAGAUCACACUGAAAUCUGCCUAAGUGCGCACACACACUGUGUGCUAAAAGAUACCACUAAAAUAAAAGCACUUUUUUUUUUUUUUAGCUAAUUGGUUUAAAGGUUGUAUGCAUCGUAUCCCAUAAUAAUGAUGACAAUCAUAAGAAUUUGUCUAUUUUUAUCACUGUAUCAUAUUCGUUCCUUCAUUCAUCUUCAGUAAAUUUUAAUGCCUUACCCCACAUUUACACUUGUGACAAAGCUACAGGUGAUCGAUCAUUGUCUAUGUACACACCCUGCAUGACCGAGUGCCAUGAUUUCAGUGACAAAGCAACAGUUCUCAUUUAUAUGCAGAUUAGGUUUGACACGCUAAAGAAGCAACAAAUUCAAACGAUUCCUUGGACCAAAUCCUAUACCGCAUGUGAUCCAGGAUUUCUUCAGUUCCACAUUCACAACUGUCAUUCCUACGUGCAAUUACUUCCCAAUUACUGUUUGACACUCAAAAGUUGAGAAAACCAUGACUUGUAAGUGUGGUUUCAUCUUCUCCUGUUGCAUACGAGCUCUUGUUAAAUGUGUCUAGAGGAAAUAAAGCUUGGGAGGAAGUAGUGGGGGUGGCACGGUGGUGUAGUGGUUAGCGCUGUCGCCUCACAGCAAGAAGGUCCUGGGUUCGAGCCCCAUGGCCGGCGAGGGCCUUUCUGUGCGGAGUUUGCAUGUUGUCCGCGUGGGUUUCCUCCGGGUGCUCCGGUUUCCCCCACAGUCCAAAGACAUGCAGGUUAGGUUAACUGGUGACUCUAAAUUGAGCGUAG